AUGUUGAACGAGGUGAAGGAUCUGAUUGCCUGCUGCUUAGCAUUUGAUCCAUUUUCACGGUGUUCUCUGGAGGAUAUCCUAAAGCAUCCCUGGGUUACAAGAUCCACUCGUGAUUGGUUAACACUGAGCGCUGUUGCUGGAAAAAAUCUCCAAAGCAAAUCGAAGAAGGAGGAUGAGCGAGGCGAGUCACAUACUGGUACAUUUUGGACAACUGUCACUUAUGACCUUAUUUUACAGAUCACAGUGAAGAAGGUGAAGGAUCUGAUUGCCUGCUGCUUAGCAUUUGAUCCAUUUUCACGGUGUUCUCUGGAGGAUAUCCUAAAGCAUCCCUGGGUUACAAGAUCCACUCGUGAUUGGUUAACACUAAGCGCUGUUGCUGGAAAAAAUCUUCAAAGCAAACCGAAGAAGGAGGAUGAGCGAGAUCACAGUGAAGAGUUGGAGGAAAUAAUAGAGGAGGAAGUAGAGGAAGAGAAAAUUAAUGAGGUAGAAAGGAAAAACAAUGAGAAUAUCCAUGAAGUAUCCACAGAGGGUGAAUCCGGUGUCGGAUCGUCCGCAUCUUCGUCAACGGCCAAGACGAAUCAACGGGGAGCUCAAUCAGCACCUCCUGCCCGUUUUUCAAAAACUUCACUCUUGGCCGCUCCCUCUUCGGACGAGAUCAAAGCUGUGGUCCAUGCCUCGAAAACG